UCUAUCCCCUCCCCCCUCCUCGCGUCUCUAACCGAAAGCAGCUAUGGUGGUUCCGUCGCGACCAGCUGCAUUAGACCAUUUCUCUCUAAUCAAAUCAUGCAAGCCCACAAGCAUGUGCUCUGGGAUUCCAGUGGUAAACCUUUCAGGCCCUGAUGCCAAGAGCCAAAUCAUCAAGGCCUGCGAAGAAUACGGCUUGUUCAAGGUGGUCAACCAUGGAGUACCGUUGGACCUCAUGACUGCACUUGAGGCUCAAGCUCUCAGGUUCUUCAAAUUGCCACAGUCUGAGAAAGACAGAGCAGGCCCUGCCGACCCUUUUGGCUACGGAAGCAAGCGAAUUGGCCCGAACGGCGAUGUGGGUUGGAUUGAAUACAUCCUCCUCAACGCCAAUCCUGAAAUCAUCUCCCAAAAAUCACUCUCCAUUUUCAAAAACAACCCAGAAUUUUUCCAUUCUGCUGUUGAGGAUUAUCUCUCGGCGGUGAAGAAGAUGACCUGUGAGGUCCUGGAACUGGUGGCUGAUGGGUUGGGAAUCGAUCAAAGAAAUGCGCUGAGCAAGCUUCUGAGAGAUGAGAAGAGUGACUCAUGUUUCAGGCUCAACUACUAUCCGCCAUGCCCGGAACUUCAGUCAUUAACUGGACGGAAUUUGAUUGGGUUUGGGGAGCAUACAGACCCUCAGAUAAUCUCUGUCCUAAGAUCUAACAACACCGCAAGCCUGCAAAUCAGUCUGAAAGAUGGGGCUUGGGUUUCUGUCCCACCUGAUCAGACUUCCUUUUUCUUCAACGUUGGUGAUUGCCUACAGGUGAUGACUAAUGGAAGGUUUAGGAGCGUGAAGCAUAGGGUUUUGGCAGACACAGUAAGCUCAAGAAUAUCGAUGAUCUACUUUGGAGGGCCACCUCUGAGUGAAAAGAUAACACCUCUCGCAUCAGUAAUGGCAGAAGGAGAAGAAAGCUUAUACAAGGACUUCACGUGGUCCGAGUACAAAAAGUCUGCAUAUAAAUCACGGUUGGCUGAUUAUAGGCUAGGGCUGUUUGAGAAAUCCUUUCGCAAAUGAAAUGAUUGAUGAGCUCCCUUCCAAAUUUAGCAAAGGAGAAAUGGUUUCAGGGUUUUUGUCUAAAAGCUCAGAAAAUCAGAAUAGGUUGACUGCAGCAGCCCCUCCCUCUACUACGUACUUUGCCAUAGAUGGAAAACAAGUACGUACGUAGUUGUUUUCCUUCUUUAGAUUGUAAUUCAUCUACUUCCUCUCUCGUCUCUUAACCUUUCUGUUUGUUUGUGGUUGUUACAUUUGAACCAGAAAUAA